AAAAAUAUAUAAUAUAAAAAAAUAGGUUUUCAUGGUCGAAAUCCAUAGUAGGAUUAAGAUUUGGACUGAUGGGAAGUAGUUGAAAUUUCGAAGUGAAGAGUUGGGUCCUAAGCAAUACUCUUUUCUUUUAUAAGAAGUGAAAAAAGAAAAUUUCAAGAAUUCCUAUAAAACCAUAGAACAAUAAUUUAUUUAUACUAUUAUUUUUUUUUUGGCAACAAUGUAAAAUAUAGCACGUGAAUUAAACUGCGCGUGCGUUUGUCAACUUCGAAUAGUUUACAUCAUUUGAACAGCGGUGUUUACUGUUUUGCACAUGGUAUACUUUGUAACUUAAAAUUAUUAGUUAUUUAUUUUCAAAAUUCACAAAUGGCAAACGACAGUGGUGAUAGUAAGUGUCCUACAGGCACAGAAGCGGGAGAUUCCCCAGGAGAAGAAGGGCAGCUUUGUAGUGUCGCACUAAAGGAUAUUUUUUUGUCUUGUGAUAAACAAAAUGUUGGUUCAGCACAUGCACAAAGCUUGAUAGAAUUUGUGACACCUUUCUUAUCAAAUAAUACGAUGGAAUUGAUGUGUUUAAAGAACUGUUUAGAUCCUAACAAUGAUAAUCCAUUAAUAACAGAGGAACAGUUUUUUCAUAAGAUGCAGGUAUGGAUAUCAAAAAUAAAAACCAUGAGCAUUAGUCCUGAGAAAAAAGGGAACCUUGAGGCUGUUUCAUUUCAUCAGUUUUCAUCAACUGAAAAUGGACCAUGCAGUCAAUUUCUUAAAAGCAAUGCUGAAUCUGGUCUGUUAAAUUUGUCUGGUGCAUCAUCUACUAGUCUGGGGAAUGCAUUUCAAGAAAUUGCUAGCUUGCAGGAGGCUACACAUGAAUUGGAACAUCUAAAUCGAAAACUUCAAGAAGAAUUAACAUUAAUUAAAUCGCAGUUAGCUGCUAGUGAAGAACAUAAUGAGUUACUGCAAUCUGAUUUAAAAAAAAUUAAUAAUAAAUUAUUAGCAGAACAACAUUUGAAUGAACAACUUCACGCAGAGAGAAAAGAAAAUGAGGAGCUAAGAGAAUGUUCUCAAGGACUAACUAAAAAAAUUGAAUUACUUGAAAAAUCAUUUUCAUGUGUUGAAAGAGAAAAUGGAAAUAUUAAGCAAAAACUUGAACUUUUAGAACAAGAGAAUCAAAAGUUAGAAGAUAAGUUAGAACAGGCAAGAAACAGGGAACUGGAAAAAGAAAAGACCAUCAUUAAGAUGCGGACGGAAUAUGAUUUUAAAGAAGCAGUCAUAGCGUCUCUCGAAAAAGCUGUACUCGAAAUGCAAGAAAAAUUAAAAGAAAAUCAACAAAUUAUCGAACAUCAUGUUGAAAUAAACGAAGGUCUCAAAGUGGAAAAAAUUACCCUGGAAAAGUUGUUACGAGGACAGUUGUCUCAAACCUACAUUAUUCCUUCAACUCCACCUAACCCGUUAAUCUCAAGUUCUUCAGAUGCGGAAUUAAAGGCUGCAACUGGUGAUUCCCCACUGAAAAAUAACUCGACUAGCUCUAUAUUUCUUCAUGAUACAAGCAGCGAAGAUGAUUUAUUUUCAAAAAUGCCAUUAACUGAAUCCGCGAUGACCACACAACACUCAUUACUAUAUGAACUAUCUCAGGUAAGCAAAGAAAAUGAAGUUAAUAACAAUUCGAAAAACAUUCUUGAUCAAAUGCAAGAAGAAAAUGAUGAUUUAAAAAGGCGUUUGGAGGUUUGUACUGAAGAGUUGGAGGAACUUAAAAAAGAACUUGAACUCAUCAAACUAAGUGAAACGGAAACUAAUAAGGAAAAUACUAAUUUACGAAAUGAAGUCAAAUUGCUCAUAGAAGAAAAACUUGACUUGAAGUGUUUGAACGAAAAUAAUUGUUCUUAUAUAUUAGAAUUAGAAGAAAAAAUUAAAAAUAUCGUUAAACACGAAGAAAUGUUGGCAAUUGAAAUUAAAGAAAUAAAAGAACAGAAAAACAUCCUAAAUCAAACGAUUUUAGAUAACGAACACAAGAAUAAAAAUCUUAUUGCGGAACUGGGUAAAUUAAAACACGACUUGCAAUUAAAAGAAUGUGCCACAGAAAAUCUUGAACACGAACAUCUUAGCUUAUUGGACUCAUUCGAUAAUCUUAAAAAAGAAUAUGACGAACUGAAAAUAUAUUUUGCAGAAAAACUCAAUGAAACGUUAAAAGAAAAAGAAAAUCACAUUGAACUACUUAAAACUGAAAUGAAAAUUCUGAACAGCAGGUUAAACGAAAAUUCAAAAGCUUCUGAAGAAAAUCGAAAUAGCCUUUUAGAAGAAAUUAGCGAAUUAAAAAUCACAAUUGCUACAAAAGAAGAAACUAUCUGGGAACUAAAACGUCUUGUUCAUAACUUAGCUAAACAAUUGGAUGAUGACAAUUUAAUAAAAAAACAAACUGAAGAAAUACAGUCUCAAAAAAUAUGUGAAUGUAACACAUUGAUUGAAAAGAAAGAAGUAGUUAUAAAACGCUUAGAAAAGGACAUUGAAUCGUUGAAUACCCAAAUAAAGAAAUUUGAAAGCGUUAAAGUAAAUGAUCAAUUAAUAGAGCAACUUCAAAAGGAAUUGGAACACACGAAAAAAAUACAAUCAGAAUUAGAGAAGCAAAUAACACAGAGUCAUACAAAUGAAAAGAUUUUAAAAACAGAAAUUAACAAAUUAAAGAAAUUUUUAGAGGACAACGAAAAAUCUAUCACAUAUUUGACAACCUUCAGUAGUCAUUUAAAUCAACAGAUUUCUAUCAAAGAAGAUAUUGAAAUGAUGCUUCGCCGUGAAGUGAAUAAACUCGACCAAAUACUUAAUGAAAAAGAAGAGACCAUAAAGCACCUUGAGAAUGAAAUUUUCCAAACACAACAAUCACUUGCAGUAAAAGACGCCCUUAUAGUUCAACUUAAAAUUUAUAAUAGCAAAACAACUGCAGAAUUGGAAGAUACUAUUAAGGAAAAAGAUAAAAACUUUGAAGAUUUCGAAAAAAAAGUUCAACAUUUUAAUAAACUAAAUGAAGAAAAAGACAUACAAUUAAAUGCCCUUAAUGCUCAAAUUGAAGAGUUUCAAACGUCAGUUGAAAAGAAAGACCAGUCUUUAUGUGAACUAAGCGAUUAUAAUGCACAUUUAGAAGAAACUAUUUUGUUAGAGAAGAAGAAAGAAACAGAGUUGGAGGAAAACAUCGGCGAUCUUAUAAAAGUCGUGAAGAACAAAGAUGAUAUAGUACAAGACUUUCAGCACCUUGUUAGUGAUCUUCAAACCAAAUUACAAGACGCAAAUAAUAGCUUUGAAGAAUCUGAAAAGGUACAUGAAAAAGAUAUUUUGCAAUUAAGAACUGAUAUAGAAAAGAGAGAAAAUGCCAUCAAAGACCUUGAAUUGUUAAUCGAAAACUUGCAAUAUCAGUUAGGUGAACUAACCGACACCAAAAGUAAAUUUGAAGAACAACAACUGUCGUUACGUCAACUAGAAAUGUUGAACCAACAGUUAAACGAAAAGAUUGUAUUAGAAGGAGCGAAAUUUGAUAGAUUGCAGGAUGAGUUUGAUCAGCUCAGAGCAGAUAUAUACGCUAGGGAAGAAAAUGAAAAAAAAUUCAAACGCGAUAUUGAUUUUUUGAAAUCUGAACUAGAACAAAAAGAAGAAUUAAUUCAAAAGUUUGAAGAUAACGACCAAAAUUUGACGAGCAAACUGGAAUUAACAAGAAAAGUAUUACACGAAAAAGAAGAUUACAUACAACAACUAAAUACUUUAAAUAGUGGUUUAAUGGAAAGAAUUACUCUUAUAAAUAAUUCUAUGAAUAAUCUUGAAGAUUACAAUAAGGAACUGAAUAUACACCUUACUGAAAAGGAAGGUACAAUAAAUAGUCUUAAAUGUUCAGUUGAUGCUCUCAAUAUUCAAAUAGAGACCAUGAAGUCUCAAUUGUACACAAACAAUGUGACGUCUGAAACACAAAUUAAAUCAUUACAAGAGGAGGUGAAGAAUAGAGAAAAAACAACAGAAAAAUUAAGAAACGAACUUUCUUCUAAAAUCAAGUUCCUGAAAGAUGAAUCUGAUAGUUUAAACAGCGUGCUUAAGUUGCAAAAGACGUCGCUGGAGAAUUACGAAGUACAGGUGUGUGAAAUGAGUAAAUCCAUAGAAACAAAAAAUGCUCAUCUGGAGUCUCUAUCCCACGAUUUGAGUCAGUUGAAACAAUCGUCGAAAGAAAAAGAUGUUACAUUCGCAUAUCUGCAGAAAGAUUUCAAAGAACUCGAAAAUCGUUAUCAGCAAAAAAUCACUGAAGUAGAAGAACUUACAACGUUACUCAUAUUAAAAGAAAAAAAUAUUGAAAAAUUAAAAGAGAAAAAUCAUCAGCUUCACAUUUCACUUAAGGAAAAUGAACAGAUCGUUAAUCGAUUGGAAUCUGAAACAGCACGUCUUAAUGAACAAUUAACGGCUUUGUCUAAAAUUCGCGGCGAUACUCAAGAACAUAAAUCUCCGAAAUCAGGAAGAUGUUCCUACGACCGUCUUAAAAUUAAAAUUGAAAAAUUACAAGAGAAAAAUGAAUGUCUCGAAAAACAGCUAGAAGAAGAAAAGAAACAUAGUAAAAAUGUGCUUGAUGAAAAUUCAGAACUUUCCAAAGAAAUUUGCAAGUUAAAUGAAACAAAUGUCGACCUAAAGAAAGAGCUGGAACAGCUUAAUAACAAAAAUAAGAACGACGCAAGGGAGAGUACUGAUAGUCUUUCUGGUGACGUAACUAAUUUAUGUUUGACUUCGCAACAUCAACGAACUAUAAACAUUGCAAGUAAUGAGGAAAAUGAAAUAAACCAAAAUGUUUCUGAGAUAAUACCAAGUUUAAAAACUGCUUUGCCAAUGUUAAGCGUAUGUCGUGAUAAAUCACCAGCCGAAAAGUUGAAGGCGAGAGAAAAGUUCGAAACACUCGUACUGGCCCUCACUGUUGAUGCAUCAACAAUUAUUGACAGGGUGGAAAGACAGAAAGGUCGACUGUUGGCAAUGGAAGACUCUAUAGCCACCGAGGUCGCGAAACUGUUGGACCUUUUAGAUGAGGUGAAAGGUCAAAAUCAGGACCCGUUUGUGGCGAAUCGCAUCAUUGUGUGUAUCGAACAGGUCAGCGUUGUGAUGAACGUAGCCUGCUAG